AUUCUUCCAAUAGCGAAUCGCCUUGCACGUGGAAUGCUCUGCUGCGUGCCAAGCAGAGCCAUCGGGCUGAACUUUGAGCAGCUUCAGCGGUAGGGACAUGGACCAGGGUGGUCCCCUUCAUGCGAAAGGGACGUAUCCGUAUUCGAGCUUCCUAGUUGAGAAAUGGCACUGCAUCCAGACUCACCAGCUAUAUUUCAUUAAGCGGCGACCGCCCUCCCUGCCCUAAUGAAUAUUUCUGAUUCAGUGCUUUUUCUCUUUCAACGAAAGCUUUGAGUGCUUUCUCGUCGCUCGUUACAUUCUAGUCGCUCAUUCACGUCACUCUUUUUUUGGUCUUUUGCUGCGAAACCGCCAAUAUGCUUUUCACUCGAACUCUCUUCUUCUCUUCGCUCGUACUCCUGGCCACUGCCCAAGGGGAUGCUAUCUUCAAAGGUCUACCUGGUCAAGGUCGGACCAGGACGCCGACAUCCACCAGCAGGCUCAUGUCGCGGCGAGAUCUCGACAAGCGCUGCGUAGGGACAUGUGAGGAAUGCUUCGGAGCUGGCUAUACACUCUGCCCGGGAAGCGACAUUUACUGCUACUUGCCUGGAGACGAGUACUAUGGGCUGGAUUCUUGCUCCUCCGAUGGCUCCGACGGCUCUGAUAGCGGGCUGCUCACGACUUCUACUGCUUCUGCGCCGGCAUCGACUUCAACCAGUACCAGCGGCAUCGACGACAUCUGUUACCAGGCGGGGGCGACUUGUGUGUCGUGCUUUGGUGCCGGCUACCUCGACUGCCCAGACGGAUACCACUGCUACAACCCAUCGGAUCCGUUGUAUGAUACCUGCCCCGACGAUGGCUCAAGUUCCGGCGGCAGCGACAACGGCACCACCACCACAUCCAGCUGCGCUGAUCUCUAUGGUGAUGGAAAUAUUCCUUGCGGGUCGGAUUCAUGCUAUAACCCGGACGCUGGCGAAUCUUGCUGCGCCGGAGGAUACUACUGUGAAGCAGGAUAUACUUGCUCCAGUACCGUUGGAAAAUGCAGUUACGGCAGUGGCGGCUCCUCAGGCGGCUCCUCUUAUGACACCACGACAUCCGACUAUACCUACGCGACGCCUACCGACGGCUUGGUCUACAGCACUCCAAGCUCUUUUGCGACCACGACUAGCACUGACUCUUCGUCUGUACAAACCGGUGUCAGUCAGCUCUCUGACUCAAGCGAUGCUAGCGCCCUCGUGGCUGCCAAGGGCUUGCUGAUCGCAGCUGGUGUUGGUGCAUUGGUGCUGUAGAACAGUGAAUGACCUCUUGGGUGGAGAAGAAAUUAUGGAUACAAAUCAACGGCCUUGGGAAGUUUGUGAUUGAAUGAAUCAGUUGUGUUUCUCCAGGAUGCCGGACUAGUAGAUUAAAUCCAUUUCUGAGAAUAAUGGAAUACAAUCUGGCUGCCGUCAAAUGUCUCCGUGCUGUGAAAAAUACUUGGAAUGUGUCUGGACAAAUUCAAGGUCCUUCUCUUCGCAGCCUCGCACUAAAGUAGACAUCGGACUAUCUAUUUUCCGACGAG